AUCCGAAACUGCCUCUCCGCACGUGCUCGCCGCGCAGCGGGGGGGAGGGGGCGGGGUCGCUCCUUGGGGCUUCGCGGGGCCGCGCGCGUCCGCGCCCGCGUGUGUCCGGGGCAGGGCGGCCCCGCCUGCCUGCGCGGAGCGGCCGCCUGCGGGGGGCGCUUUGGUCCGGGACGCGGGCGCGGGCAGAGGCGGAGGAGGAGGAGGAGGAGGAGGAGCCGCGCCCCGCGCCGGCCGCGAGGACCCGGAAGCACAAGCGCGCGUGGGGCCGCUGUCCCGCGCCCGCGGCGCCGGCUGGGGUCCCGGCUGCAUGGGCCCCGGGCGCGCGGGCCGCGGGCGGCGAUGGGCGAGGAGCGUGGCGGCGGCGCGGUGAGCGGGGGCACAGAACCCGCCGCCCUAGAGCGCGCGAGCAGCCGGGGGCCCCCGGGGCUGCGCGUGGGCGGCGCGGGUGGGCUGCGUGGGGCGCCCCUCGCCCUGAACCCCGCGUUCUGCUCCGUGUACUGCGUAGAGAGCGAGCUGCACCCCCGCGGCCCCGCCGCUUCUCCGGCCCAGCCGCGCCGCGCCAGCUCCCCAGCCUCGCUGCCUAGUCCCCGGCCGGCGCCCCCGGGCCCCGACGGCGCGGAGCAGGACUCGCACCCGGCGCGCGAGCCCUUCCCCACGGCCAUCCUGGGCCUGGGCGGGGGCGAGGGCCCCCCCGCACCCCCUCUGGUGCUUAUGUGCCGGGUGUGCCUGGAAGAGAAGCCCAUCAAGCCGCUGCCCUGCUGCAAGAAGGCCUUGUGCGGCGAGUGCCUCAAGCUCUACCUGGGCGCGCAGGAGACCGACCGGAGACUCCACCGCGGUAUCGAACCUGUCCAUCUCAAAGUCCAACCUUCCCCAUCUGACGUGGUUCUUAAAACUGCCACCAGACUCAGAAAGGUACAACUUGGCCAAGUAGAAAUCAAAUGCCCUAUCACUGAGUGCUUUGAAUUCCUGGAAGAAGCAACUGUUGUCUGCAACCUAACUCAUGAAGACUCCAUCAAGUACAAGUACUUCUUGGAACUUGGCCGAAUUGAUUCCAGCACGAAGCCAUGUCCUCAGUGCAAGCACUUUACAACCUUUAAGAAAAAAGGACAUAUUCCUACUCCUUCCAGAUCAGAAAGCAAAUACAAAGUCCAGUGUCCCGCCUGCCAGUUCGUCUGGUGUUUUAAGUGCCACUCUCCUUGGCACGAAGGUGUCAAUUGCAAAGAGUACAAAAAAGGAGACAAACUGCUGCGUCACUGGGCCAGUGAAAUCGAGCACGGGCAGCGGAACGCCCAGAAGUGUCCAAAGUGCAAGAUCCACAUCCAGAAGACUGAAGGGUGUGACCACAUGACCUGCUCGCAGUGUAACACUAAUUUCUGUUAUCGGUGUGGGGAGAGAUACCGCCAGCUCCGGUUCUUCGGAGACCACACAUCAAACCUCAGCAUAUUUGGAUGCAAAUAUCGCUACCUCCCAGAGAGACCUCAUCUACGGAGAUUAGUGCGAGGGUCCGUCUGUGCUGGAAAAUUAUUCAUUGCACCUCUAAUCCUGGUUUUGGGAUUAGCACUGGGGGCCAUAGCAGUUGUAAUCGGUUUAUUUGUAUUUCCAAUCUAUUGCCUUUGUAAAACACAGAGAAAGCGGUCACGGACAGGCAUGGACUAGAGGGGUGCAGAUUUAUCGCCCGAUGUCAGCCUGGCCGGCGGGACAGCCUGCAUCUGCGAGUCACCCCAAAGCCACCCUGGGAGGACCCUUCUGCCACCCGCCGUUCCCCAGGGUCCUCUGUCCACCACGCCGCUAGCUACGGUGCACUCCCAACGUGGUAUCCUGCCCUUUCCCUAGGCAAAUUGCUGCUUUUUAAAAAACGGUCACUUUCAUAAACUCUUAGUACCUGUGUCAUAACUCAGACCUUCGUGGUUCUUGGAAGAAAACAUUUUAAUUAAGAACUGGUUUUCCUCAGCAUUGUUCCGAGGGCCUGGGGGACCGCUGAACCCCGAACCCUCCGGUCUGUCCAGCAGACUUGGUGUGCCUGUCCUGUCUGUCCCAACCGGGCGAGGUCACUUUUCAGGAUACACGAGUUGGCUGAAAGCACCUGUUGCUGUGUGUAGCCCAGGCAGUGGGUUCCUUCAUGCUAGAGAUGCUGCCAUUGCUGAAAACUUCCAUGCCCAGAAGGGAACUCAUGAAACUUAAGUUAACGAGAAAGAAUCGUGAGUCACUACAGUGUGUCUGCGUCAGGCUUGGAGUGCGUGUGUGUGUAAGUCUGUAUUAAAUGAAGCUCAGUAACCUCCUGCUCCCCUAUUUCCAUGCCUCUACGCUGUUUUCACACUUUCAUGGGCCGGUUUAGAGAUGAUGCUUCUGUAGUGGGCCUAGUUUGGGAAUGUAGUGAAUUAAAGUCAGUGGUGUAGACCACAGGCUGUUUCCAUGGUGGUGACCCUUCCAUUGUAAACUGAAAAAACAGGUAGGAUGCUCUUAGAAAAUUCUCCAGUCCCAAAUACUCCGUCUUCUCAGAUUUCUUAUAUUUUAGUAUAAAUGCUGUCCUCUAUGAAUCAUAUUUCACAGGAGAUUACUUAAUCCAGAGAACAAGUUGGCUGUAGCUCUGUUCCACUGGUUUUUUAAUUACUAACUUGUAAUCACAGGGAACUCUGCUUUAGGUCAAGAUUUUAAAUUAUUUCAUACUUCACCUUUUUCUCUUCUCUGUUUUUUUAUCUGUUCCUGAGUUUCACGAAAAUAAAUACUACUCUCAAAGGAUUUUUAUUACGUUUGCUACUCAGAUGCAUAAUAAUCUGGGGAAUCUUUUUAAUGGGGGGUAAUUUAAAAACAAAAUUUUCUUUGUUCACAGAGUCACUUAAGAUAUAAAGUAUUUUUAGAGAAGGAAACAAAAACAAAGUAUUUUCAGGAUAUUUUCUAAGGUGUGACGUCUUUGGAACAGAAAGACAAUUGAUGAAACUUACAUUCGUUCAUUCUCAUCACCAAAGUCCCACUACUUAUGUUUGGAGAAGACCCCGAAAAUUCCCACUGACUCCUGAGACUCCAGUUAACCAUCUGCAUAAAAGCAUGUCAGCAGCCUCACCUGACCCGAGAUAGAUGAUACAGUAACACACACAUUGCUUUGAAUAGCUUUUUCUUUCUUGGGCUCCAGAGUGUGAAAAUAGUUUUUCACUUUUGUUUGCGGUUCAAGCCCCGGUUCAAGGCAGUUAAGGUCACUCCUAGCUCACAAGCCAGCAUGCUUGCUUUCUUUGGCGUCACGCCGAGUAGCACCACAGUCUCUGGGCUGGUGGUCCAUUGCAGGUGGAGAAGGGCUGGACAUCUGUGUCUCUGGAGAGCAUUUUUCCCAAGAGAAACAGGAGAGGGGAGGAGGGAUUCGCAUUCCCAAGUUCAUCGUUCUGUUCAUCCGCCUACCCGUUCGGCAGCUGUUUGCUGAGUGCCUGCUGUAGGUGGGUCCCAUACUAUUCAACCAAAAGAAUGAAUCUCUAGCCCAAAUACAUAGUUCUGUCAUAAAAGAGCUUCAUCUUUUGAAAUUCAUCUUUUCUGGUUUUAGGCAUAGUUUGGCAGCAUAUGAAUAAGUGGAACUCCCACUCUAGCGGUCUGUGUGUCUGUAGCAUAAAAAUAUCUACACCAAGUCUUUAUAUGCCAAGUAGCUGAAGGUGUGCUCUGGUCCCAGAUCGUCUGUUUUCCUAGGUUGUUCUGUCUGUUCGUCUUUGGCCUACUCAGGGAUUUUUAUUCCUUUCUCUGGAUAACUUAUCUUUUAGACCUAUUUUUAUAUGAUUUGAAAACUUUCCAAGUGUGCCAGUUUCAAAGCGCUGUGUGCCCUAGCCAGAGUUGUUUCCUCAGUGUGUGAGAGGUAGCGUCCUGUAUUGCAUGGAAUUUUCAUUUUUCUAUGGCAUAUAUUUUUAAAAUAAAUACAUGCAUUUUUCUCUUUAAAGCUUGAUAGCUAUUAGGCUUUUCUCUGCUGGUAACUUAAAGUAGUUCUUUGUGAAUUUUUUUACUGAGUUUCUAGAUCUUUAAAAGAGAAAUGAAAAAGAAUUAUUUAUAUGUCAGUGCCAACUUUGAAGUUAAAACAAUAGUAGUGACUUUAUUAGGAUUAAUUCUGAAAACUACUUUAGAAACAGAUGUCUGCACAGUAAAUAAAUAUCUUUCUAUCCAAGGCUUGUCAGUUUUAUAUGUUUUUAUUAUAAAUUUAAUAUAUGUUCCCUUAAAAAUCAAAACUGCAUAUAGAAUUAUGAAGUAACAUAUUCCUGUUUACCCCAACCUUUGUUUUAGAGGGGCAGCCACUGUUAAUGGUUUGGUAUGUGCUCUUUAAUCACUUUCUAAAAAUUUACAAGUGUAUGUGUGUGUGUUGUGUGUGCAUUGUGUUUAUUACAGAUUUAUACAGAUGGAAUAAUAAUACUUUUACUUUGCUCUGAGUCUUUUUCAUUUUAUUAUAUAUUGAUAGAUGCCUUUCCAUAAGAGUUUUAUCUAGAGUUACCUCAUUCUUUUAUAAAUUACCACAUAGUCCACUGGAGGACUAUACUUUAAUCAACUUAAUCUCCGGUUAAGUAGACACACCAAGAUUGUUUUCACAUCUCUCUUACACGAUACAGUGAACAUCCUUUCUCUGUAUAUUUUUCACCUUGUGUGAGCACAUCCAUAAGUUUUUAAAUUUGGCUUUUAUCUGAUAUUUUUAACUAAAAAUUAAUACACUUUCAAGAAAUGAAAGCAUAAAAAUAAAUGCAUUUGACAGUGAAAGGAAGGCUUUUGGAAUAAAAGCAAGAUUGUACAAGGAGUGCAUAAGUUCUGAAGAAAAGCUUCUUUGGAAGGAUAACUUCCUGUCUGCUCAAUUCGCCAAGGAAGUACCUUGCCAAAACAUAAAUAAGAAAAGUACUCAUUUUGCCGAAAAACUAGUAUGUCUCACAGAUAAAGUGAGAAGGAAGAAUUGAUGUUUGGAUUGCCAGUUCUUAAAAUGUUGAGGGAAUGAAAUGAAUGCUCGAGCCAAAUUAAUGAUUCUCGUCACAUCUUUCAAAGCACUGUCCAACUGCACGCAUGUUACACCACCCAGGACCUUGCAAGUGCCGUGGUGAAAAGCAGGGAAGAGUCGGUUCACAGCUGCAGGGCCCACAGUAGAAGAGGCUCUAUGCAUGAAUUAGGGAACCAUCUGAAGCAUCCAUGCUUCAGUGAGCACCCCACUCUUCCUCCCCGAGGAAUUCCCCACUGUGGAGUUGGGAAAGGAGCGCAGACAGCGAGACCCCAGUCAGGCCACAGUGCCAACCUUUGCUUGCACUUUGACACCGUAGGGGCCGGCCUUAGUGGUUCCUCUCCCAGUGUCCCUUGCUCUGUGGCUUCAGUCCUAGUGCCCUGAUGGGUGAUGCAUUCUGCCCAUAAAAUGCCUGUGAGCUGCUGCAGCUGCCAUACCCUGUCCUGGGGCUUCCCAAUUCCAUUCUUCUCCACCCCUCUGCUCUUCUAGCUGCUCCUUUCCCCAGAAUGGCCCGGAGCGGGCCCUGGAACUGGUCAGAGGUGACCGCGCAUGCCAGGACAUCCCAGACUCUCUGCCCUUAAACAGACGCAGUUGUCCUUGACAUCUUUGUGCUGCCUGAAGGAUUCAUAAAGAUGCUCGUGGUCUGAAGAAGAUCCAUUGCUGUGCUUUCUUAAGUCUGAAAGCCAGAACAUUGGUACCAAAAGCCGCUUAUGAGCAAGCAGACACAUCCGUUAGUGUGAGCAAUCACAUCAGGUAAUUUGCUUAUCCUCCCGUGUCAGAGGCUGAAGUCCAUCCCUUGCUAUUGAAAGUCAUUGUCCCACUGGCCGGCUCUGUAUUUUUAUGUUACUGUUUAUUAUCAACAGCCUUAAAAGUCUACAGUGCACUGUAGAAUAUUCAUGCCAUUUAAGCAACUAAUGCAUACAUUUCAGUAGAGUGGAGUAAAAGCAUUGUGAAAUAUUUGUUCAUUGCUUCAAAUGUGUGGAGAAUCAGCAGCUAAAACUUUGAAACAAGUAAAACAGUUUUAAAAAUGCAGUACUUUGUAAAAUGAUAGUAAUCCUGGAAACUGGUUAUUAUCAGUUUGUUGGGAGCUCAGAUUUAAUGACUAAUACUUAAAAAUGUUAUCUAAUAACUUAGUUGGAAUAUUUAUUUAAAAACUGUUAAUGUCUAUUGAAGUUUUUAAUUGCAUUUACAUGGUUCACAAAUUUUAUGAAAAGAAAUUUCCCUGUCCAGAAACAUGGAAAAUCAAGACAGCUCAGGCACAUUUUAUAUUUGUCAACUCAUAAUUUAAAAUGGUAUUUUCCUUCCUAAUAAGAAAACAGAUUCCAAAAUCACAUUCUAAUAAGUAUAUCUACAAUUACUACUUUGCUGAAACCUGAAAUAAUUUUGUAUAACCAUAAAAGUAUGAUCUGAGCAAAAUCAAACUUUAGGCAGUGUCUCAGAUGGGAAGGCUGCAAUGGCAUAAACCUUUCAGAGAAGAAUGCAGAGGAGAUCUGAUCUUGUGGCUCUGAAUUUGAGGACAGACCUGAGCAUUGGGCGGAACUUGUGCUGUCCCUCUCUGCUGGGUGGCCAGCGUUGUGGCUUUUUCCAUGUCCAGUAAACAGAUUCGGGAGUGUGAGACUAUUGUCACUGCCAUUGUCAUUGGAGGGUUUGCAGAGGCCAUGACGUGUCAUGCACCCUGUAGAUUCCUGCACAGAAGCCCAGUGUUACAAGCAUGCUGUUAACCUAUGUUAGAAACUGUGUUCUUUUGGCUGAAGAUGUGACUGAGAAUAAAAGAAUUUGAGCUUAAAAUGCAGUAAAUUCUUAAAAUACACAGAUCACUGCCACUGCCUUUCUUUGUCACUUCCUUUGGCCUUCUGAGACUUCAUUCACUGUAUUUGACUGUGCGUCACUUAAAUUACCCAGGCUUACUAACAUAGGUAACAUCGUUAGUUUUUCAAUUCUGUGCCACGUUUUGUCACUCUGAUCCAUCGUGAAUGUCAGACAGCUUUUUUCCUGGUCUUUGCAGUGACCCACCUAUACCUCAGCAUCAAGAACGUGUUUUCAAAAUCUCAGAUUCCUGAUCUGCUUUUCAUCUCUGCAGUUCCCUUCCCGUCUUGCCCAAGUGAGAAAGAAGUUUUCUCACCACUGCCUCCUUCCCCUCUGAUGAAAUCCUGCAUUGAACAGAAUCCGUAACUGAACUCUGGUAGUGAGUGCAGUUUGUCUUUGUUUGGUCUGUAAAUCGGCACACAUCGGGAAUGUGUGAAGCACUUUUCCUUCUUUUUGGUAGGAGUUAAAGGACUCUGUUUAGCCCUCUGCCACUAAGUAGGUGAAACCAGGGGUCUGGUGGUACUGUGGGGCCAGGCCCCUGUUGCCGUGAGAUCAGUAUUUGCAUAUUGGUUGGGCAGGAAGCAAAUGUAGACCCCUCCCCAAUCCAACCUGAUGCCGAGGUGUUGGCCCUCAUCCUACAGAGGUGGUGGUUUUGUUGUUGCUGUCUUAGCAACAACAAAUUCCGGGAUGAAUCUAUAUAAUGUAAUUUAUAUAAUUCUGUUUAGCAACAACAAAUUCUGGGAUGAAUCUGUAUAAUGUAGCCUUUGUAUAUAGUCAUAGUCUUUGAAUAUCAUUGGACUUUUUGGAAGGGGGAUCUUGGGAAUUGAACUCAUGGCCUCAUGCUUGCCAGUCAGGUGCUGUGCCACUGAGCUAUAUCCCUGGCCCAUCUUUAGACUUCUUGAUAAUCAAAAAUAAACCACGUUGAAUGGAACUGGUUCUCACCCUUCAGAACUGCCUUUGUCAUUUGUGAAAGUUCAGCUUUUUUACUGAUGGGUUUUAGAUUUAAGCCAUGCUCAAGAUGGGUUUAGUGUGGGACUAGUGCAUAUUACAGAAAAGAGAAGAGAUUCCUAUGUGGGUGUUAAAAAGCCCUAGAAAUUGUCAAAGUAAUCCCGUCAGGUGGUUCUUACGAUACUGGUCAUCUGUUCCCUGGACAUUUGUGACAUGUUUAUCCCAGGCCCAGCUAGGGAAAGUUCUCAGUGAUCUAAUCAAAUCACUAAAAAUAACAGUUUUUGUUUAACGCAUUACUUCCUCUAAAUCCAAUAUAUUGUUACUAUUUUAAGGAAAUAGUAACAGAAUAUUUUAUAUACAUAUCUAAAUUUUUCAGUCUUUUAAAAGCAUGCUUUGUUUCUUUAUGAAUAAAUUCUGCAUAAAUUAUGGGUUUUUUAUUGGCUGACUGCACAUCUUUUGCUGAAGCCCUCAGAACUGUGGCAGCCCUCUGACAGCUUACUUUUACUAUCUGACCAUAUUGUGUAACUGUUUUCAUCUUAAAUUCUGUAGAUUGUGUUAAGGAAAGUAGACUAUCCUGAUAGUUCAUAUGAAAUCCAUUUCCCUUGACAAGGACAAUUGGUUACAGAUUUUUAAUCUGAAAAUAAUUGACAGUGUUACAGCUGAUGAAAGUAACCAUUAAUAUAUGAAGUAGGAGAUCCUAUGCAGUCACAGAAAUAACUGGGGAAGAAACACAAAAGCAGCAGCGAGCAUUACAGUCCUGUGAAGUUACACUACCUUACUACAUACUUCGGAGCCAUAAAAGUUGUUUCUGUUUUAAACAAAAUUGAUUAGACAGUUUCGUGGAACCCAUAUAUCUGUGGCAAAACUCCAAGGCGAUUAUUCACGUGUUCCUUUUCAAAAAAAUGUAAGAUGCUAAAACAGCGGUUUCUUUAGUCUGUUGUUAUGUAUUCAGAAAUGUGACUUCCAUGGACUAAUGGUCCUCUCCUAUUUAAAUGGCAUGUGUUUCACUGGAAAGAAAUCUAAGUUUAAGGGGAGGAACGGUCACUAGUGGUUUACACAAAAUUACCUGUAAAAUUUGUAGUCAUUUUCCAAACUGUAUUUAUAUUUUCAUAUUUAAAAUGAGCCUGAUUGAAGAGAUUUUUUUAAGUUUUAUGUUUAACUCUUUCUCCAUUUCAGUAAUAAUACUGUUCACUUUGAUAUUUAGAAAACUGCUUGGGGAAUUAUUCUGAAUGUAUUUUAGAAAAGAAGCUGGUGGACAUAAGGCUUACAGUGUUAAUUUGUAGAAAUCUCUGAAAAGAAAUUAGAAGGAAAAACAAAUUUAUCUGAGAUAAAAACGUUAGGAAAUGAGUUGCCAGCCCUAAUUUCAUCAUCAGCUUAGCCAGCUUCUUACUUCCCAGUGAUCGUUUCAUGCGGUUGGCUCUAUCAGUUCUGCCUGCUGUAUCAUCUCCCUUACCACUCUGGUACUUCUACAGUUAACUUAUGAAAAGAAAGGAAGAAACUAAUGAAUGAAAGCCAGGGUAGCUGGGCUUACUUCCACUUUCCAAUCGCACGAGCACACCUUCUGUACGGUGCUUUGUGUGAUGAGUAUAAAACAUUUCUAUCUGUUAUUAGUGCCUUAUUUUUUUCACUUGACUUUAUUUCUUAUCCAAAAAGCCAUAUAUAUUUUUGUGAAUGUUCUUUGUCCCUUCUAUUUAAAAAGUGGUGAUGAGACAGUGUCUCCACCUGGCCGUGUGGAGACUAUUUGUUACCCCAUCUACUGCAUGGUCUCCGGAACGGCAGCUUAGCCAGUGUAUGUCCCCUAGAUUCCUUGUUCAUUUCUAAGCUACAGUAUGAAAGUGGAGCAUAAAUACCGGAAAUUGAAAACAUUGCAUUUGAGAUGUAUUUUAAAACCAUGAAAAAGAAGGUUGAGUGUAAAACAGGAAUUGGCGUGUUCUAUCAAUAGAUCCAAGUCAGAUAAAAUUGCGUUUCAGAAAGCACUGAAAAGUAAAAGUGAUGCUGCCGGAAUUUGACUAGUUCUCCACAACUCGUCUUUGGAAACCCGUUAUGAGUAAUAAAUUUCCCUGCACCGCACUGUUUGCAGAUACACGUUUAACUCCUUUGCGGAGCGCUCUAUCAGCGCGGAGCCAUUUCCUGUCAUUUCUCUCUUCUGGCUUCGUGCCUUUGGUUUUGCUUUAUAUGGAACACUGAUUUUGUUCUACUCUUUAUGUACCAUAGUAUGUAAUUCAGCUUUUCCUGAUGAAUGUAUGAUGGAUGAUUAAAAUAAACUAUGUGCUUAGAAAAGACAGAAACACGAAUUGUAUAUGCAAAUAUAUGUAAAUAUUUGACGCAGAAAAAAAAAAAAGAAUAUUCCUGCCAACAGACGGGUCCUGCUGGACAGGACUUUGAAAUUAACAGUUUUUUUUGUUUUGUUUUGUUUUGUUUUGUUUUUUUGUUUUUUUAACCAGCAAAGUUUAAAAAGCUAUUACCUCAAGAAUUUCCAGUGGUGUGUGUGUCAUCGUAGUUUAAUAAGUACCAUCUUGUUGCUGGUGGUGUAAAUAAGCCAAGUGUCCCAUCACACGCCUAUUAAAGACAAGAUUUGCAAAGUGUGGACACCUCGUGGUAUUGUAGGCUCUAAUUCUGGAUUUUGGGUAGCAUACCUAUGGCCUUGCGUUGUGGCUGGGCUUUUUAAAAAUAAAAGUGUUUUUGAUUAGUCAUUUUGGAAGGGGAGGGCAGUCUUAAUUAUGAGAUCAGAUCUUGUGGGUGAACAUAACGACUCAGCUUGGGUGAAAAACCGUAACGGGAAUCAAACUGUUGUAACUGUCACUGUGUGUGCUGUCUAAGGUUCCUGUGGAGUGCUGUUUUCUGCGUGAUGUGUGUGAUAGAUACAUCAUGCAGGUUCUUCUAGCCGUGCCUAAUAAAAGGUUUUCAAAGAUAA